GGGCGGGCCGGCGGCGCGCGCCCGGCGGGCUGGAUGUCGGGGCUGCGGGCGUUGCUGGGGCUCGGGCUGCUGGUGGCGGGCUCGCGCCUGACGCGAGUCAGAAGCCGGGCGGGCGUCUGCACUGCGGGGAGCACCUGGUGGGGAGCGCGGCGUCUGAGCUUAAGUGGCCGCCGGGGCUCGGAGGUCAUGGCGAGCGCAGCAGUCAAGUACCUGAGCCAGGAGGAGGCCCAGGCCGUGGACCAGGAGCUAUUUAACGAGUACCAGUUCAGCGUGGACCAACUUAUGGAGCUGGCUGGGCUGAGCUGUGCCACAGCCAUUGCCAAGGCAUAUCCCCCCACCUCCCUGUCCAGGAGCCCUCCCACUGUCCUGGUCAUCUGUGGCCCCGGAAAUAACGGAGGGGAUGGCCUAGUCUGUGCCCGGCACCUCAAACUCUUUGGCUACCAACCAUGCAUCUAUUACCCCAAAAGACCCAACAAACAACUCUUCACUGGGCUGGUGACGCAGUGUGAGAAAAUGGACAUCCCUUUCCUCAGCGAAAUGCCUCCAGAGGCUAUGAUGAUUGAUGAGCUGUAUGACCUAGUGGUGGAUGCCAUCUUUGGCUUCAGCUUCAAGGGUGAUGUUCGGGACCCAUUCCGCAGUGUCCUCAAUGUCCUGAGUGGAGUCACUGUGCCCAUUGCCAGCAUUGACAUUCCCUCAGGAUGGGAUGUGGAGAAGGGAAACUCUGGAGGGAUCCAGCCAGACUUACUCAUCUCCCUCACAGCGCCCAAAAAGUCUGCAUCUCAGUUUACUGGUCGGUAUCAUUACUUGGGUGGUCGUUUUGUUCCACCUGCUCUGGAGAAGAAGUACCAGCUGAACCUGCCACCCUACCCUGACACUGAGUGUGUCUUUCGUCUGCAGUGAAAAAGGAUGGGCAUUCAUUCCAAUAAAGAUUUAGUGCCUUCUCUCCCAAAAUUGUUGUCCCAGCUCUUCUGGCCAUAAAGAUUAGUGAAUGGUGGGAGCUGAAGAACAACGCUGGAAAGGUAACACUAACUCUCUGC